CCUCCAAUGACACUGUCUCCAAGCACUACAGCAGUUUCUGCCUGGCAGGCGGACUGAGCAGACGCACAGGGUCUUACACAGGGAUGAGAGCGUGCAUCUUUUUUACUCUGAAUGAGUGGAAUUUCUGUCAAACGGAUAUACCCUCUGUAAGGACAGAAGAAAGGAAUACAACUCAGAUACUGUUUCCUGCAAGCUCCGCUGAUUAAAAGACAAACACAAACUGAUCUCGUCUCAUCCACAGAGGUUUUGAAUUACAGAUAUCACCAUGACCCAGAAUCUAGUUCUCAACACUACCUGGGAGGACCUGAACCCUUCCAAUCUCUCAAGAUUGCAGGAAAAUCCUUUGACCCACCAGAACAUCACCUAUGUUGAUUUCUACCUCCACAAGCCCUCUGUGGCAGCAGUCUUCACCGUCUCCUACCUGCUCAUCUUCCUGGUGUGCAUGGUGGGCAACGGGGUGGUGUGUUUCAUCGUGCUGCGCAGCAAGAACAUGCGCACGGUCACCAACCUGUUUAUUCUCAACCUCGCCAUCAGUGACCUGCUGGUUGGCAUCUUUUGCAUGCCAACCACGCUGUUGGACAACAUCGUAACAGGAUGGCCAUUUGGCAGUGUAGUGUGUAAGCUAAGCGGUAUGGUUCAAGGGAUAUCUGUGUCAGCAUCUGUGUUCACUCUGGUGGCAAUAGCUGUUGACAGGUUCCGCUGCAUUGUCUACCCUUUCAAGCAGAAGCUGACCAUUGCCACCUCAAAGCUUAUUAUCGUCGUCAUAUGGGUCCUGGCUGUGUCCAUCAUGUGUCCCUCUGGGGUCAUGCUCCAGGUCACAAAGGAGCAGAGGGUGCGAAUAGUUCUUGGCCUCAACAAUGACACCCGCCCCUUCUACUGGUGCAGGGAAAAUUGGCCUACUCAGGAAAUGCGAAAAAUCUACACCACUGUCCUCUUUGCUAACAUCUACCUCGCUCCCCUCAGCCUUAUCGUCAUCAUGUACGUCCGCAUCGGCUUCACCCUCUCAAAGACCACUAUUCCUGUGCUGAGGGGCAGUGGAAUUGCAUCAGAAGAAGGCAUUGGCAACAACAAACCAAGCAUGGAGGGUCGUCACACAAUUUCAAAGAAAAAGACUCGGGUAAUAAUGAUGCUGCUGGUUGUGGCUCUGCUAUUCAUCUUAUCCUGGCUUCCUCUGUGGACGCUGAUGAUGCUGAGUGACUACGCCAGCCUGACAGAGCACCAGUAUCGUGUCAUUAACAUCUACGUGUAUCCCUUAGCUCACUGGUUGGCCUUCUUCAACAGCAGUGUCAACCCCAUAAUCUAUGGGUUCUUCAACGAGAACUUUCGCAGAGGCUUUCAGGCUGCUUUUAAAUUUCAGCUGUGUACUGCUGACAUUGAGCGCCAGAAGACCUUCUCCUAUCGGAUCCGAGGGAACGCUGUGCUCCCAAUCCAGCCUCCUGCCCUCAGUAGAUCAGGCUCUGGAGUCAGAUCAGUGUUAGUAGGGAAUGGGGGGUGCUUGGCUGGCAGAAGUGAUACCAAAGAACAGGACCUGAUCAUGGAGGACCUGGAAAAGGUGUCCCAGAUUUAGACAGACUGAGACUAUGAAGCGCAUGGACACUUCCGAAGGAUCUAAGGCCUCUGGAGAAUCAUGUAUUGCAGUUCAAGGAGAAUGGAAAAACAAGCCCCAGAAGUACAAGAUUAAACUCCAUGUAUAUUUGACUGAAGUGACUGUACUUGCAAGCAUUGCAUUUGUUAUCAUGAAUCAUUCUGAAUAUCACUUGUGAAUGUUUAUUAUGGUGUACAGUGUAUAUAGCAAAGAAUAGUAUAAACAGAGGUUAAAGGCCCUGAAAUCUUGGUUUAAAAUCUUUAAGUACUUUUCUAUAACAUUAAAUAUUCAUGACUAAAUAAGCAACAAUCAAAGUUAAAGUUUGGGUUAAAGUUGCAAUCCUUAAGAUUUCAGUGGUUGAUUUGGCAACACCAAUGGUUACUGUGGAGUGCAGUCUGCCAGGUACUUUGUCAGAAAAUACACCAGGAGAGCAACUGUUGUAUCUAUUUACAGUGCAGCCAAACAUUGUUUUAAUAAAGAAGUCGGGCAGUAAUAAUUGCAACCACGAUCUGACUUCAUGCUGCACACAGUGCAAGUGGUUUUCCAAACAAGACACAGUAAAGUUGGUUACUUGGCUGAAAAAAAAGGGGUCUUGUUUUGUAGAUGUAUUUUUGAUGAACAAUCAUUGUUAGCGCUUACCUUGGUAAUGACUACCUUGUUUCCUGUGACUGCUUCACAAUAAAAGCUAACUUUGAGGCAGUAGGAAAUGAUCAGCUUGCAUUAGCAGUAACGUAGCAGUACAGCUCUGAUACAGCUGUAAGAAAGUAAAUAGUGAGGCCUAUAUCAAUGAGAUAGAAUUACAAAUGUAACGCUGAAUUUGCUUCCUGUGAAUGCAGUGUGUGUGUGUGAAGGCAAUUUUAAUCCAGCACGGGAAUGGCGUACUCUGUCUCUAACAAUGAAAAGUAAUUCAUAGGAGGUAACUACAGAAUGUUACUGUAAUAUUUUGAAUGGAUAUUGCUGAAAUAAUGCAGAUUUAAAUAAAUAGCAUCAAAUACUGUAUUUAAUUUCAAUGAAAAUGUUACGUAUUACAAUUUUAAGUUAGCCAUUCAGAUAAUCUGCUUUAUUACGACUGUGUGGGUGUGUUUUGAUCAUAUUUGAUUGACAGUGGCCUGCCACCAUAAGCAAACAACCCACCAACUGUCAUCGGAUUUUGGUUCAACUGUUGCCAAAUCCUUUUAUAUCUGAUCCUUGCCCGCUUUAAACCAGAGAAAAAAAGAGCAGAGACAAAACAAAAUAUGUACCAUCGCUCAAAGUAACAAGGGGGGGAAUGUUUUUAGGGCAUUUUAAGAUAAGAAAGAUAAUCUGAAUGUCCAUUGUCCAUGAGGUUUUCGCAUUGAUGGCAUGGAUUGUGUUUUGGUACAUUAAUACUGUAAACCUAUCCAACUACUAUUACAAAUUCUCUUUGCAAUUCGAUCAGGCUUUUAUUCAGGAGUGCACUAAACAUUACUCUUACUUCUGGAAGUUUUUAAUGUUUCAGGAAGAAUGAAGGCCUAUCUAGGCAUCUUUGGCAAUUGAAGAUACCGAGAUUAGAAUAGCACACCUCUCAGUGGUGAAGUGCAAGGCAGUGUGAUGAGAAUUGUGUCAGUUUCCUCUUGUCAAAGUACAUGUUCCAGUGCCCCGAGGCAGUUACGCUGGGCUGACAGCUGUGACAUGCAGUGGCAGGGGAAGAGGAUCGUAGGCUCAUUUGGAAAGUCUCCAUGUGCCCUCCUAUUCGCUGCCUCACGGGCACUAUGAAAUAUGAACACUUAAAACACUGCCAUGUCAAAAAGAAGUAAGUUACAUUUAUUAGCAGCAGUAGGAUUUGGGAAAAGAAGUGUGUAAAGUAGAACCUCACUUGAAAGCAGAUGAGAUGAGACUAUAAUGCACAAGCACAUAUGCGUAAUUUGGUAAUGUACAUAAACAGGAUACAUUUAACAUGAAAGGGUGUGAACGAUUCACCAUCAGUUGAAGACUGAAUCAAAUAUAGAAACAAAGCUUUUUAUAUAUAUCUAUAUAUAGAGAUAAAUAUAUAUACAUAUAUAUAUAUAUAUAGAAAGAGAGAGAGAGAGAGAUCUAUCUAUACAUAGAUAGAUAGAGAUCUGUCUCUAUCUCUCUCAAUAGCCAUGUUUGCUCUACACAAGGCACGUUCUGUGUUUUUUCAUAAACAUUUGAAUAUGGCUCAUGAACUUAACUGUACAUAUAGUGUUUAAAUCAAUGUCAGAAUAUCUUCAGAUCUCAACCUACACUAUAUGUUGACCAUACAGAAUGUUCUGCAUAUUCUGCUAUAGUGUGAGAACCUGACUUUGGAGUAUCUAUAUGGCUGUGAGCAGGCCCAGUAUUCACAUGUAAUAAUGUGUUAUUUUGCUGUUGCCAAAAAGCUGUGUCAAGAAAAUACAGCAUUGAUGUAUCCUUUUUCCACAUGCAAUUACAUUUGAAACCUCAUUGUUACCACAACAUGUUAUGUGUUAUUGAACAGUGCUGAUGCUGAUACUGGAGCAGGAUAACGUGAACAGUUAAGAGUGCAUAUAUUUGAUAGAUAUUCAUUAUGAUUGUAAAAAAAAAUAAUUCUAUAAAAUAAUUUCUGUAUUUAUAUUUGUUAUUAUUGUGUACUAUUAUUGCUAAAAUAAUUGUCAAUUCACUUUUUUGUGGUCAAUAUUUGGCAAGCUACAUACAUGACGUGUUUGUACCAAAAUCUUAAAGAUACCCUGUGGAGUUUUUGACCACUAGUAGCACUAUGGAGUAAUGUUUUUAAGAGUGGGUCCCUCUUCCUUGUAUCAUGCACAAGGAUACACAUGCAUGUGAUGUGAUACACAUUCCUGCCAUUGUUUUCACACUGGUCUGCUGAUUCUGAACUGUUCUGAACAGUUGGUGGUAGUAAAUCAAAAAUACAUAUUUUUCCUCUUACCUGUAGUGCUAUUUAUCCAUCUAGAUUGUUUUGGUGUGAGUUGCAGAGUUUUGGAGAUAUCAGCC